AUGGCCGCCGCUAAGAAAUCUGCCUCUGCUCCCAACCACCCUCCCUACAAGGACAUGAUCAAGGAGGGUAUCAUUCAGCUCAAGGACCGAAAUGGCUCAUCGCGACACGCUCUUAAGAAGUUCAUUGUCGGUAAUUUCGUUGUCACCACUACUAACUUUGACGUGCUCUUCAACCAGGCCCUGAGACGUUGUGUGGCCAGUGGCGACUUCAUUCAGCCCAAGGGUCCUUCUGGAACCGUCAAGCUGAACAAGAAGCAAGCCGAGAAGAAGCCUGCUGCUAAGAAGCCCACCGCCAAGAAGGCUGCUACCCCCAAGAAGGCUGCUGCCCCCAAGAAAGCUGCUACCCCCAAGGCCGCUGCCGCUACCAAGAAGCCUGCUGCCACCAAGAAGGCCACCACAGCCACCAAGGCUGCGCCUGCUAAGAAGGCUACCACCACCAAGGCCGCCCCCAAGAAGGCUGCGGCCGCUCCUGCUAAGAAGGCUGCUGCCCCCAAGAAGGCCGCUGCCCCAAAGGCUGCCCCCGCUAAGAAGGCCGCACCUGCGAAGAAGGCUGCUGCUCCCAAGACUGCCGUCAAGAAGACUGCCUCUAAGGUGACCAAGCCCAAGGCUGUCAAGGCCACCAAGCCCAAGGCUGUCAAGGCUUAA